UGGACUUAUUGGACAUGGACAAAAGUUUUUAAUGUGACACCUGAAACCAACACAUCACUUUUCAAGCCUUGAAGACCUGAGACUGGGAGAGUAAAGGGAGUGAGGUUCACUUAAACUAUAGCAUCUCUAUUGAUGACUUAAUUGGAAAUGUAAAUUUGACAAAGUUCUACCGAUACAUGGGUUCCCUGCCAACGCCUACUUGCAAUGAAGCAGUCGUGUGGACAAUCUUUCAUGAGCCAAUCCACGUCAACAGCGAACUGAUUAAGAAGUUUCCCAUGGAAACAAAGCUGGAUAAUAUCUACCGACCUACACAACCUCUUCACGAACGUCAUGUGUAUGCCUCCCCUGGAACUCCUCUGCCUGCCUAUGAAUGGUGUUAUGAUCCACAUCACUGUGCUGUCACUCCACCUUCUUGGCACCUUCUGCCCGGCUCCCUCUGUGGGGGUACAUAUCAGUCACCCAUCAACAUUGACACAAACAAUGUUGUGCCGGACAGCCAUCUUGAUGCCUUUGUAUUUAAAAAUUUUGAUGACAAGCAUGCUAUCAAGUACAUCACCAACACAGGCCAUUCAGUGAAGUGUGUACUGGUGGAAAAUUUGGUGAAGGUUCAGUUUCACUUCCACUGGGGUGACACAUCAGAUAUGUCUGAAGGCUCAGAACAUACUGUGGACUCAAUAAGAUACCCGAUGGAGAUGCACAUUGUAAGGAAGAGAAAGGAUUUAACCCUGGAUGAGGCACUACAGGCACCUGAUGGCUUGGCAGUGUUGGGAUUCUUUAUUGAGUCUACCCCUACUACAAAGAGCACCUCUCACGGGAGCACUUCGAGCAGCUCUCAUGGGAGCACUGGAUCAGGAUCAACACAUCCUACAUCAGCACCAACAUCUAACACAGACGCCUGGAAAAACCUGACCAGCUAUCUCUCAAAGAUACACAAAAUUGGUACAACAGUGAUGGUCACAGAUGAGAUCUCCAUUGAUGACUUGCUUGGCAAUGUGAACCUGCAUGCAUACUAUCGCUACAGUGGGUCCCUAACCACACCUUUAUGCAGUGAAGCAGUUGUCUGGACAAUCUUUAAAGAGCCAGUCAAUGUGGACUUAAACCUGGUCCUUCCCCUAAUGAAGAGUAGUGAGCAGCUGAUUGGACCGUGGAACACGUGACCGCAUUCAAAAAGCCGCUCUGACAGCUCCCGCCAGAGAGAGAGAGAAGCGAGCGAGCGAGCAGUUUGACAGCCGACGCGGUCCUGGCCCUGGUUUCCAGCCUAUACUUUUGCUGUGUGUUUGUGUGAGCGUGUUCUAUGAGAGCCGCCCCUCGUGUAUUAACGUAGUGCUUAGGCACCCAUAGACUGAAGCGGAAGGGGUGAGCCGCCUUUUUCUUUGGACCAGUUUUCUCCUGUUUUCUGGGUUAGGGAGCGAGGGUCAGUAUUGUCAUUUGUUUGUUUGGUUUCUUUCUUAGGGUUUAGUUAGUUUUCUCUGGUGGGACUUAGUUGGUUUUGUUUAUUAUUUUGGCCUGGGUUCACCCUGGAGCUAUGCUUCAUUACCUUCAAUAAAAUCACCUUUUUUUACUCACAACUGGUUUUGGAUGUUUGGCUUGGGAAUCAGGGCGGGUACGUGUCUCUCUCUCCUCCAACCUUAUGUGCGUCUCUACACGCCUAGACUAGGGGCGUAACAUAAAUGGGGGCUCGUCCCUUUUUGUUCGUGUGAUUGGUUCGCUUCCUUUUCGCUUUUGCGGUGGGGGGGAAGCGUCAUUGAGGGUGUGUGGGUAGACGGAGAGUUUCAUUCGUCUAUGCGUUAGGCGCGUGUUUUGCGGCCCUUUAGUGAGCGGAUGCGGUUAGUUGUCUGCAGAGUUCUGUUUUUCUUUUUUGCUUUGCUCGUGAUGUCGUUUGACAUGGAUGAUUUUGCGCAACAGCCCUCCAUUGAAAAGCUGGAGCGGUGCACAAAAGCGGAUUUGCUAUUAGUGGCUAAUUUAUUCAAUGUGGAUGUUCCGUUGAAUUCUAAGAAGGCGGAAAUUAGUGUUUGGUGGACAAACUGGUGGACAGGGGAGUGUUUGGGAGGAUGAAAACUUCGCCGGGUGGGUCUGGGAGUUUGGAGACGGCGGUGGGGGCGGAAGCUGCUGGGGCCGUCCAGAAACCUUCCAAGGGGCGAAUGACGUCGGGGGCGGAAGCUCCUGUCGCCGUUAAAUCUCCUAAAUUUGACCCGACUGGCCAGGCUGCGGCGGGUUUGAUGACGGAAGAUCUUACGGUGUGUUCACACCGAACGCGAUAGAGGCGGCCAGAGCGUCAGGUUUACAUGUAAAGUCAAUGGAAAGAGCGCGAUGACAUGCGAUUGCGCGUCCAGCGAAAAUUCGGAG